AUGAACAUUGAGGAAAAGUUUGAGAGAUUGAACCUUGCAAACCGUGACGAACAUGUCAACACUCAAAUUUUGGAGAAAUAUGCUAACAGUAUCAAAACCGAUGAGCUAUCAAUAACUAGAGGGAAGACAAAUAAAGAUAAAGCUAAUAGAGCAACAGUAGAAAAUGUUCUAGAUCCUCGUACAAUGAGAUUCUUAAAAUCCAUGGUGAACAGGGGUAUAAUAUCGGACUUUAAUGGAUGUUUGAGCACAGGUAAAGAAGCCAAUGUUUAUCAUGCCUUUGCUGGAAAUCACGAAGAAAGACACCUUCCUGUAGUUGGACAGGAUCCUGAAACCAUCGAAGACGCUGAUAAUACCGAAAUCAACACUCCUGAAACCUCUCAACCUCUUCAAACUGCUCAAACUGCUCAAACUACAGAGACCAAGAAUAGAAAAGAAUACGCAAUCAAGAUUUAUAAAACAUCUAUUCUCGUUUUUAAAGACCGUGAAAGAUAUGUUGAUGGUGAGUUUAGAUUUAGAAAUUCUAGAUCCCAACAUAAUCCCCGUAAAAUGAUUAAAAUCUGGGCUGAAAAAGAAUUUAGAAACUUGAAGAGAAUUUACCAAAGCGGCGUAAUUCCUUGUCCUAAGCCAAUUGAAAUUAAGGCAAAUGUAUUGGUCAUGGAAUUUUUAAAUAGAGGUGAUGGUUUUGCUUCUCCAAGAUUGAAAGAUUAUCCUUACAAAGAUAGAGAAGAAAUAAAGCAUUAUUAUCAUUUAAUGGUUGCCUAUAUGAGAUUAUUAUACCAGGUAUGUCGUCUUGUCCACGCCGAUUUGAGUGAAUACAACAGUAUUAUACACCAAGAUAAACUUUACAUUAUAGAUGUUUCACAAUCAGUACAACCUGAGCAUCCAAUGUCUCUAGACUUUUUGAGAAUGGAUAUAAAAAAUGUUAAUUCAUACUUUGAAAAGAUGGGAAUCGAUAUUUUCCCUGAACGUAUCAUAUUCCAAUUUAUUAUUAGUGAGCAAUUGGAUAAAUAUAGAGGUGAUUAUAGGUCUAGCACAGAUUUAGAGAAGUAUGUCGCAGAAAAUCUGCCGUUGAAAAAGACUUCCGAAGAUGAAGCCGCUGAUGAGGUAUUCAGAUCAUUACAUUUAAUUAGAAACUUGGGAGGUCUUGAAGAAAGAGAUUUCGAUAGAUUCACGGAUGGUAAAUUUGAUUUACUAAAAUCUUUGAUUGCCAAUGAAAAUAAAAAAUAUUCAGGAAAUAUCACCGCUUCAGAACAAUAUGAACUUUCAUCAUCUGAAGAUGAAGAUGAUGAUGAUGAAAACGACAAUGAAAAUGAAGAAGGAAUUAAGGAAAAACCAAGAUCGACUCAUAAUUUGACAAGUAAGGAAGCGGAAAGUUUUGAUGGUGAAGAAAACAAUAAUGGUGAAGUGCACAUCAGUGAUUCUGAUAGCUCUGAAUCCGAUAAUGAUGAUUCCGAGGACGAAUGGUACUCAGACAAAGAAACACCACUGAAGGGUAAAAAGUAUGAGGAUAAAGAUCUAAAAAAGCAAAGGAAACAAGAGGCAAAAGAAGCUAAACGUGAAAAGAGAAAGACCAAAGUCAAAAAACAUAUAAAGAAAAAGUUAGUUAACAAAACUAAAUCAAGGAAAUAG